AUGGAGGGGGAGAAAGUCGGGAUUGCCAUUACUGAAGGGGAGAUUGAGGAUGCUCGUUUUCAAGGUGGGCGCUGCUUGAUUGGGAAACUCUGGAUGGGGAGAAUGGCGAAUAAGGAAGCGUUCAAAAUAGUACUUUCCAGAAUCUGGCGCACACUGGGAGGAGUAACUUUCAAGGAGUUGGAUGACAACAUAUGGCUUUUUGAGUUUGAAGAUGCGGAUGAUAUGCGGAGAGUUCUGCAGGGAAGGCCAUGGUCUUUUGAUAGGCAUAUUCUUGUUCUCAAUGAAUUUGAUGGAAGCACGUUGCCAGCGCAGAUGGCAUUCACGCACUCUCCCUUUUGGGUGCAAAUACAUGACAUGCCAUUACUAUGCAUGACUAAAGGAGUAGGGAUCAAGAUUGGAGAAUCGAUGGGGCAAUUAGAGGACAUUGACCUGGCUGGAGAUGGGGUAGGGUGGGGAAGGUGUCUGCGUCUCCUUGUAGUAAUUGACUUAUCCAAACCAUUGGAAUGGGGGCGUGCCCUUAUGCUGGAAGGAAAGUCUCACUGGGUAACAUGCAGAUAUGAAAAGCUACCAAUGGCUUGUUUCGAUUGCGGUAGGAUCAUCCAUGGAGAGAAGGGGUGUCCUAUACCACGUAGCACAAAACUGAAUGGGAAGACGGAAAAGAAAGAAUGGGGAGUGUGGCUCCGGGCGGAUGAUGGGCGGAAGAGAGGAGGUGGUGGACCUGAUUUCGGAGUCGGGGGGGAACAUCGAGCAAAAAAGGCGAUAUGGGGGAUGACGGCGCCGAGCUGUUUCAAAAGAAUGAGAGGAGCGAUAGGAGAAGGAAAGGAGAACAUAGAGGAGUCGGCUGGACAGAUUGAGGUAAAUCAGGGACACGCGGCAAAUAAUACUCCUCUCGUGGGCGAUACAUACCAUGCUGAGGUGGCGGGAAAAGAGAGUGGGGAAAAAGAGCUGGUUGAAAGUGGAGUUAGCUUACGUAUGUGGAAGCGCAGAACACGAGAGGGGCGUAAUAGUGCUGUAACAGUUGGGGUGGGGCACGGAUCAAAUAAGAAGCGAAAGGCGCAGAUAGGCGAUAAUGGGAAAGGAACAGAGUGGGUGGGUAAACGGGGGAGGCUGCUAAGUGUGGAAGGGAAUGACAACAACGAAGAAAUGGCGGUGGCUGAUUUUCAGCCCCGCCAUCAACAAUGA